AUGGGUACAAGGCAAAACGCUAAUAAGAUCAGUAAUGCAGAGGUGAAGACUAAGAGAAGUCUUUCUGAGAAAAUGCUGUCACAGAAGCAGAAAAAGAAGAACAAUGGUGAGAAUCAAAGUGCCAACAAUCGGUUAUUGAUUACUGUUAACGUUCUUGGCAGUGCUGGACCAAUAAAGUUUGUCGUGAAUGAGGAUGAUAUUGUUACCGUGGUUAUCGAUACAGCCCUAAAAUUGUAUGCUCGCGAACGUCGCCUUCCGGUUCUCGGUUCUGAUGGCAAUAAUUUUCUUCUCUAUCCUGCCAAUGCAGGAUUGGACGGUACAGAAACAAACUCCUCCCUGAAUUUAGUGUUCAUGAGCUCUGAGUCCAUCCGAAUCGAUUCGCGGGGUAAGGAACUUCGUCCUUUGCAAGAAACAGAAGCAGCCACAGAUGACGGAAGCAAGGUCGGAGAUGGUUGCUCGGAAAAGGAGCAGUAG